CCACACCACCAGCGGCCCCAGUGGACACGACAUGGGGCUGCGGCAGAACUGCAAGAAGCGCGCCUGCAGCCCCCUCCCAUCAGCCAGCCCCACAGAGAGCGAUCUCCAGCCCCUUCCCAAGGCCAAGCGCCGCCCGACACCUUAUGAGAAGGAUGAGGCGCAGCCGUCUUCUGUGCGUCGGGGAGAGGUGCUGUGGGACCCGUUGAACAAGGCGCGGGAGGGCGAGAUCGUCAAGGCAGCAGAGACAGCGGACGACCAGACCGGCCUGACCAUGGGGAAGAGGGCGCCUCGCGGCGAGGGGCGACCAGCGUGUGCUGGGCCGCCGUGCUUCGGAUUGGCACUGCCGGGUGGACCUGGCGCGGUGCCCCCUAGCCGCAGAGGAUGGUGGUGA